UCUCGUCAGUGGCUGUCAGAACCUCAUCGUCUGUUUUCUAAUCUGGAAUGUCUCGAUGUGCUUCUCGCCCUAGGAACUAAUGGGGGAAAGGAAUGCUUCCGCCCGGACAUAAUAGUGAACAGUACAAAUCCAUCGAGAAGAUUUCUACGUUGAUGGUGGAAACCACAUCCCCGUCAUCAUGCCGACGGUGGUCCUGAUGGACGCGUCUCUGUCCAUGACGCGGCCGGUCUCUCUGGAGCAGUGUUCUGAGGAGUUGCAGAGGAAGAACCUAGCUGUGGCCGGACUCACCAUGCUGUUUGAGCACAUGGCUAACAACUACAGACUGGAAUUCACUUCUCUAGUGGCCUUCUCUUCCCUGUGGGAGCUACUGGUACCUUUCACCAGGGACUACAACACCCUACAGGAAGCCCUGAACAACCUGGAGGACUAUGACAAGACGUGUCUGGAGUCAGCUUUACACGGAGUCAGCAACGUGGUACAGCAGGAGUGGGGCCACGCCUGUCCCACACAGGUGGUGUUGGUAACAGACGGCUCUCUGGGGAUCGGUAAAGGCUCUCUGAGACACUCCCUACAGACUCUGAAAGGACGACCGGAGGAUAAGAAGUUCCCCCUGCCCUUCCCUUUCCCUGCCAAGCUGUUCAUCAUGUGCAUCGCUAACGCAGAGGAGUUACAGAUGACAGACACAAUGCAUAACCUGGAGCAGCUGCUCCAGCUGAAUGGAGGAGACGGACAGAUCUUCACUAUGGAAGGCCAGCUCUGUCUGAAGAGUGUCCAGUCCAUGUUCGGACGUCUGAUAGAUGAGGUCUACUCCCCGUUCCCUGCUGUACUGCGUUGUGGGAACCUGGCAUCUGAUGUCCAGGUGUUCCCCAGACCUGAGCCUGUGUUCCUGGAUGAGGAAAUCGACCCUAUGCCCCGACACAUCCUCACAGAUCUGGAGAUAGUUGGUUUCAUAGAGAUAGGAGACAUCUCCAGUCCUCCUGUCAUGUCCAGACACCUGGUCCUGCCUAUCGCUGUCAAUAAAGAGGUGGAUGAUGUGGGUCCAGGAACCACAGAGGAGCCAGAGGAGGAGACAUCAGCCAACCAGCAGGCAGGGAAGAUCCCCAACUUCUGUGUCCUACUCCAUGGCAGUCUGAAGGUAGAGGGCAUGGUGGCGCUGGUGCAGCUGGGUCCAGAGUGGUAUGGUAUGCUGUACUCCCAGGCAGACAGCAAGAAGAAGUCUAAUCUGAUGAUGUCUCUGUUUGAGCCUGGACCUGAGCCUUUACCCUGGCUGGGCAAGGUGUCUCAGCUAGGACCUAUAUCAGAUGCUGCUGAGAACCCGUACGGGGAGGAUGACAGUAAGAGUCCUUUCCCUCUGCAGCCUAAGAUCAAACGCAGCUACGCUCAGAACGUCACUGUCUGGAUCAAAGCUAGCGGACUGCAGACUGAUGUGCAGAAGAUCCUGAGGAACGCCAGGAAACUGCCAGAGAAGACUCAGACCUUCUACAAGGAGCUGAACCGUCUGCGGAAGGCAGCGCUGGCGUUUGGUUUCUGGGAGCUGCUGAAGGGCGUUGCAGAGCUGUUAGAGAGGGAGUGUACCCUGCUGCCAGACACGGCUCACCCUGACGCAGCCUUCCAGCUAUCACACGCUGCCAAGCAGCUUAAACUGGCCUCCACGGGAGACUCCCAGUACGCUGCCUUCGACCAGAACAUCAACCCCAUGCACACAGACUUCUCUGGGGGAGGAGCUGGCAUGUAGAGGAAGGAGAGAGAGAAGACUGCUUCUGAAAUGGCCCCGUCCCAGUAUCUGUGCUUUAGAUAUGUUGACCUGUGUCCUCUAAUGCCCAGGAAGCCCCGAUUCAAGUAGAGAUGUUGACCUGUGUCCUCUCUAAUGCAAGGGACGCUCCGAUUCAAGUAGAGAUGUUGACCUGUGUCCUCUCUAAUGCCCAGGAAGCCCCGAUUCAAGUAGAUAUGUUGACCUGUGUCCUCUCUAAUGCCCAGGAAGCCCCGAUUCAAGUAGAGAUGUUGACCUGUGUCCUCUCUAAUGCCCAGGAAGCUCCGAUUCAAGUAGAGAUGUUGACCUGUGUCCUCUCUAAUGCCCAGGAAGCUCCGAUUCAAGUAGAUAUGUUGACCUGUGUCCUCUCUAAUGCCCAGGAAGCCCCAAUUCAAGUAGAGAUGUUGACCUGUGUUCUCUCUAAUGCAAGGGACGCUCCGAUUCAAGUAGAGAUGUUGACCUGUGUCCUCUCUAAUGCCCAGGAAGCUCCGAUUCAAGUAGAGAUGUUGACCUGUGUCCUCUCUAAUGCCCAGGAAGCUCCGAUUCAAGUAGAGAUGUUGACCUGUGUCCUCUCUAAUGCCCAGGAAGCUCCGAUUCAAGUAGAGAUGUUGACCUGUGUCCUCUCUAAUGCCCAGGAAGCUCCGAUUCAAGUAGAGAUGUUGACCUGUGUCCUCUCUAAUGCCCAGGAAGCUCCAAUUCAAACUGCCAUUACAGCUUUGUAAGUGUUGCCAAAAUAUGUUAGUUGCUCAGUGAAACUCCAUAUUUGGUGAGUAACUAUCUUCAUUUACUCCCGUUACAGCCGGUAUGUAAUUCUAGAAAAUCCUCUUCGGCACCUCCAAUGUUCACUCACGUCUAAAUCAGAAGUCUACAACAGCUGGCAGUGCCAAUGAGGCUUUUUCCCCUCGAUUCCUUGUACAUUUUGUAUUUAGACCUAAUAAUGAAAAACUUAAUUUGUUGAGUAACGGCUGUAUUUUGACAAUUUGAAUCUGAGCCUCCUGGGUUGUUAAGAGAGGAGACCCGUCAUGCUCAACAUCUCUAAAUCCCAGAUACUGGGGGACAUAUUCCUGUAGGCUCUGGUCUAAAGUAGUGCACAAUAUAGGGAAUAGGGUGCUGUUUCGGACUAUUAGAAUGGCUCGUCAAUGAAGCUCUCUGUCACACCAACUGUUAAAAGCUAAGGCCUAUGGCUUUACAUGUGUUUUUGACCAUAUCGUUUUUAUAACUUUCCUAAUGAAUAAAUGAAAAAAAGGUUUCUUUUUUCCAAA